AUGCGGAAAGAGUAUCAGUUGCAGAAGAGCUAUGAGGCUGUGUGCGUUGCAAAACAAGGAGGAGGGGCCACUCUUCGGGAAAUGCUGUCAGUUCGACCCCGAAGGAUUGAAUUUGCACAGAUUGAUCAGAUGAACUCGCUUGGCCUCCCGAGGGAGAUCUGGAAAUGGCAGUGGCCAACCAAAGCAUUUACCCGGGUGCUGGAUGGAGGACAUGAAUCUAUUAAACUGCCACCAAUGAUGGAAAUCAUAACGGCUGAACAGCUGAUGGAAUACCUAGGAGACUAUAUUCUUGAUGCAAAACCUAAAGAGAUAUCUGAGAUUCAACGUCUAAAUUAUGAGCAGAACAUGAGUGAUGCAAUGGCGAUUCUACAUAAGUUGCAGACAGGUCUGGAUGUCAAUGUGAAGUUUACAGGUGUACGAGUAUUUGAAUACACACCUGAAUGCAUAGUGUUUGAUCUUCUUGAUAUCCCCUUGUACCAUGGAUGGUUAGUGGACCCUCAGGUUGCUGACAUAGUAAAGGCAGUUGGUAACUGCAGUUACAAUCAGCUAGUGGAGAAGAUCAUUUCUUGUAAGCAGUCGGACAACAGUGAACUGGUUAGUGAAGGAUUUGUAGCUGAGCAAUUUCUAAAUAACACGGCUACACAGUUGACAUACCAUGGGCUGUGUGAGUUGACUUCAGCUGUCCAGGAGGGAGAGCUUUGUGUGUUCUUCAGGAACAACCAUUUUAGCACCAUGACCAAAUACAAGGGUCAGCUUUACCUGCUGGUGACAGACCAGGGCUUUCUUACAGAAGAGAAGGUUGUCUGGGAAAGCUUACACAAUGUGGAUGGUGAUGGAAACUUUUGUGAUUCCGAAUUCCACCUCCGGCCUCCAUCAGACCCUGAAACUGUCUACAGAGGGCAGCAGGAUCAAAUAGAUCAAGAUUAUCUGAUGGCAUUGUCUCUACAACAAGAGCAGCAAAAUCAAGAGAUUAACUGGGAACAGAUCCCAGAAGGAAUCAGUGAUCUAGAGCUAGCAAAGAAGCUCCAGGAAGAGGAGGACAGGAGAGCUUCUCAGUACUAUCAGGAACAAGAACAAGCAGCUGCUCAGGUCCAGCAGGUGCAAGGUGCUGCUUCUCCAGCAAGUGGUAGACAAUCUGGGAGUAAUGAACGCAAACGUAAAGAGCCUCGAGAGAAAGAGAGAGAAAGAGAGAAGAAUAGCUGUGUUCUCUUGUAAUGGAAAAUGGAUUUAGUCUGGAGCCAAGUGCAUGUCCUCAGAAGCAAAACCAAGGAGUCAAAAGGAAGACAAACCUGUUACAUGCCGCCUGUGCCUGAUUACCCAAUGGAUUCUGUUCAUGUUUCAAGAGAGGAUGGGUGACUUUGUUACAAUCAUACAGACUUUCUUCACAGUCGGAGCGCGUGCUGCUCAAGAUGGAAUUCCAAAUCACCGUUUGGAUGCGGCUGCGCUUUGAGUUAGUCAUAAGAAAUACUGCACCUUGUAGCCGAACACACAAAUCAUCCAAGUUUUGUGUCAGUGACAUCCAUUACUUGUUGACAUCAGUUAGUAAGCUAUUUUAUCUUCUACUCUAAACCAAGGAGGUAAUUUGUUUUGUGUAAGACUUUCUCCUGAAGUCUGUACACUAUCACAACAGAGUUCUGUGUUACUUGUCUCUUAGGCUGGGUAUAGUCUUCACGACACAGGAGCCCAAAUAACAGCUGGGCACUGCCUCCUCAGUAUGUCCAGAUUUCUUUGCUUCUGGAUCCGGUAUGUUUGGUUUUUUGAACCCAGAUUGAUACUGUGUUAGUGCUAUCAUUGCACCUCCUGGCCAGCUUUCUUGCCCCAAGGAUAUGUGACUUGAUAGGCAUCGUACAAAAAAUUGUCAUAGAAAAUGGGGCAUUUAUUGAUAAGCAGGAUGAAUAGUUUGCUUUUCUUGCAAUUACAGACUGGGUAUGGCAACUCAGAUAUUAUCAGGGUUAAACACGUAAUUUU